GCGGAGGCCGCGCUGGCGGAGGCCCUCGCGAAGGCAGCCGCGCUGGAGGGCAGGCUCGCGGAGGCCGGGGCCCUGGAGCAGGAGCUGAAGGCCAGGGCCGCCGCGGCGGAGGCCCGGGCCGCGUCCCUGGAGGCGCAGCUCCGGGCCGCGCCCGAGGCGGGCGCACCUCGGAACGCCCCGGCGCCGCCGGCCGCCCCCGCGGGCGGCGCCGCGGGCGUGGCGAGCGUCGACCAGAUUCAGCCGCUGGUCCGGCUCCUCCAGGAGAGCGCGCCGACGACGCACAGGCGUGCUCCCAGGCGUGCAGGCGGCUGGAGGACCUCACGUUCACCAGCCCGGAGACGCGCCGCGAGGUCGUGCGGUGCGGAGGGGUGGAGGCCAUCAUCGGCAUGCUGGAGCGUCACUUGGAGACCAGCUACGAGUUGCUACAGCCAGGCGUGGACGUGUUGUGGAACCUCACGUUCGAGGAUUCGACGAGGCCGUGGACCGCGUGGUGGAGCAGCAGGGCAUCGACAGGGUGGCGAAGGUGAUGCAGGCGCACGCGGGCGCCAGCGAGCUGCAGGGCGGCGCCUGCGGCGUAUUGCUCAACUUGGCCGAGAGGGAAAAGCAUCGCUGGAAGAUCGAGAGCGGGGGCAUCGGCAUGGUCGCCGCCGCGAUGCAGCGGCACUGCCAGGACAUUCGGGACGAGGAGGUGCUGGAGCAGGGUUGCCAGGCUCUGUCUGGAUCCCGUCGCCCUGCCUCUGCUUCCCGGGAGGACCUGCGGCCCCACGUGCUGGCGGCCAGCGGCCGCGACGCCGCGGCGCUCGCGGCAUCCUACGCCCCGCCGGGCGGCGGCGGCUGCGGACGCGCGCAAAAGAUGGGCCGCAUGCUGCAGGAGGUGCUCGCGGUGGCCUGCUGACUGCCGGGCCCCCCUCCCGCGCAGCGCAUCCGCGGGCUCCUGCAGCGGCAGCGCCGUGCCCUCGAGCGAGGGCCGCGCCCCGCGCCGCCGCUCGUCGGCGGUGCGCGGCCAGGCUCGGCCCUGUGCCGACGCACGCCGGCGCCCGACGCUCGCCCUCCUUCCGCAGGUGCUGCUCCAGGUAGGAGCGAAAGAAGGACUCAUGAGUCCCUACAUCUCUUGCGCUCAUCCGAAUCCUCAGCAUUUCCCUCCUGCCGUCCAGCGUGCAGUUUUGUUUUUCCCGCGAUGGCGUCGGCGCCACGCCGGAUUCGCUAAUGAGGCGAGCUGCUUCUACACAGUUGGCCAGCAUUUCCUCUAUCACGAGGGUGGCGCCAGGGGAUCCAGCGAAGGGGAUCGGUCAGCGUCCCUCAGGACGAAGUAGAUUAAGUGCAGCCUUAGUGCGCUGUCUCUGCAUAGGUCUUGUCGGCUGAAUGGCUAGGCUGUCCUCUGCGUCGACUGCGAAUCAUGCAUCGACCUGGACUCACGCAGGAGAUGCAGCGAGGGCUUCAGUGCAGGGAAGCCCCGCGCUUUUUCAGCCCUCUGCCAUCAUGCUAUUCGUAGUAUAUCAGACCGCUGGCGAGGACCCUGCUGACACCUCCAA